GGUCCCCGGAUGUUGUGAAAGCGGCUCCUUUAGCAUCGGUUAGCCGCUGUGACCCGCCGCCUUAAUCGGGGACCUCCGAGCUUUUUUAGCCCCAUUCGCCCAGUUUCACUUGGUUUGCACGCUUUGUAACCUGCUGAGUUAAUCUUAACAUGGUACAAUUGAAUUGAACGGUGGUAACUGAAGGUGUUAUCGCGGAUCGUUGUCCGGUUUGGUGAGACUGGAUCGUGAGUAAAGGCUCCAGCGGUUAGCGCGCAGGAACAGGCCCGCUUGGUUUGGGAAGCUAACACGGUUAGCGCAGCAAGCUGUUGUAAUGGAAGACAAAUCCUUCACUAAAGAACUAGAUCAGUGGAUCGAACAGCUCAACGAGUGUAAGCAGUUAACGGAAAACCAGGUCCGGACACUCUGCGAGAAGGCCAAGGAGAUUCUGACCAAGGAGUCCAACGUUCAGGAGGUGCGAUGCCCGGUGACCGUGUGCGGCGACGUUCACGGUCAGUUCCAUGACCUGAUGGAGCUCUUUAAGAUCGGAGGGAAGUCUCCAGACACCAACUACCUGUUCAUGGGAGACUACGUGGACAGGGGCUACUACUCUGUGGAGACGGUCACGCUGCUCGUCACGUUAAAGGUUCGAUUCCCAGAGAGGAUCACUAUACUGCGAGGGAACCACGAGUCCCGUCAGAUCACACAGGUCUACGGAUUCUAUGACGAGUGUCUGCGGAAAUACGGCAACGCCAACGUCUGGAAGUACUUCACAGACCUGUUUGACUACCUGCCGCUCACUGCGCUGGUGGACGGGCAGAUUUUCUGUCUCCACGGCGGCCUGUCUCCCUCCAUAGACACUCUGGACCACAUACGAGCUCUGGACCGCCUGCAGGAGGUCCCGCAUGAGGGCCCCAUGUGCGACCUGCUGUGGUCUGACCCGGAUGACCGCGGUGGGUGGGGCAUCUCUCCCAGAGGUGCUGGCUACACUUUUGGACAGGACAUUUCUGAAACCUUCAACCACGCCAACGGCCUAACUCUGGUGUCCCGCGCCCAUCAGCUGGUCAUGGAGGGCUACAACUGGGGUCACGACAAGAACGUGGUGACCAUCUUCAGCGCCCCCAACUACUGCUAUCGCUGCGGCAACCAGGCAGCCAUCAUGGAACUGGACGACACCCUGAAGUACUCUUUCCUGCAGUUUGACCCCGCCCCCCGCCGCGGCGAGCCUCAUGUGACUAGACGCACUCCUGACUACUUCCUGUGAAUGUCCUAUUGUCCCCCAUAAGUCAUUCACCAAGCCCCGCCCCUGCCCCACCCCUCUCAUUUUGAAUGGAGAAGAUGCAUUGAGCAGAUUCAACAGAGCGGUGAUGUCACUAAAGCUGAGCUUCAGCCGCAUGUUAACCUUCAUCUUCUCCAUCUGACAUGUUUGAAAACAGGAGAAUAAAAAAGUACCGACGUGGACCAAAUGUGCCAUAUUUUGAUCCUUUUCCAACAACUGUUUUUGUUUUUUAGAGCUCACUAUAUCCCCGCCCGUCUCCACCUUCAUCCAUCUGUGCUUUCUUUCUGUUGCCAGAUCAGUUUAAAGGAAACGUAGGAGAGUUUGCUUCAGUAGAACAGCUCUGAGUUUCAGCUGUUAAGGCUGCAGCCAGCAGUCAUCUCUACUAUAUUACUGUAAUUUCAAUGAAGACAACAGACAUGUGAAAUAAAAUGUCCUAUUGACAAAC